AUGCGAUUGGUCAACGAGGCGGGGUCGCGGCUCCGCAGGGCGGCCGAGGAGGAGGAGAAGGAGCCGCCGGCGCCUCCACCGCCGUCCCACCACUCCAACCACCAGUUCGCCAGCAUGAAGAACAAGUUCUUCAACGAGCUCACACACCUGCCAAAUCAUAAACUCAAGAUGCCCAUGUGGGCUGUGGGUGCCAUCGUGGUCGUGGUCCUCGCCCUGGUCGCCUGCCUGGGAUUCUGCAUCUACAAGAAGUGCAUCAACAAAGGCAAGAAGCCCAAGAAGGUCCGCGAGAGGAAAGGAGGACGAGGACGCAGGAAGAAGGACAAGGAAGGAGAGGAUGGGGACGACAAGAAGGAAGGAGAAGAAGGAAAGGAAGAGGAGGAGAAGGAGUCCCUUGGCAAACUGGAGUACUCACUGGACUAUAACUUCACUGACAACCAGCUGAUAGUGGGCAUCCUCCAGGCUCAGGACCUCCCAGCUAUGGACAUGGGCGGAACCUCAGACCCCUACGUCAAAGUCUACAUGCUGCCGGACAAGAAGAAGAAGUUUGAGACCAAAGUCCAGCGCAAGAACCUCUGCCCAGUCUUCAAUGAGACCUUCACCUUUAAGAUACCCUACAGUGAGUUGGGAGGUCAGACUCUGGUGCUCCAAGUCUUUGACUUUGACCGUUUUGGCAAACAUGACGUCAUCGGCGAAAUCAAGAUCCCCAUGAACAGUAUAGACCUCGGACAGCCGAUACACGAAUGGAAGGAUCUGGUUGGAGGAGAAAAAGAGGAGCAAGAAAAACUGGGUGAUAUCUGUAUCUCCCUUCGAUACGUGCCCACGGCCGGCAAACUAACUGUCAACAUCAUGGAAGCCAAGAAUCUGAAGAAGAUGGACGUCGGAGGACUGUCAGAUCCCUUUGUCAAGGUGGUGCUGCAGCACAACGGCAAGCGACUCAAGAAGAAGAAGACAUCAGUCAAACAGAACACUCUGAAUCCUUACUUCAAUGAGAGCUUUAGCUUCGAGAUCCCCUUCUCUCAGAUCCAGAAAGUCCAGGUGCUGAUCACUGUCUACGACUACGACAAGCUGGGCAGCAAUGACCCCAUCGGCAAGUGCUGGAUCGGCUACGGCGCCUCGGGCGUCGGGCUGCGACACUGGUCCGACAUGUUGGCCAACCCCCGACGUCCGGUGGCCCAGUGGCACACGCUGCUGCCCGAGGAGGAGGUGGACGCUGCUCUGAAGGCGCCCAUCCGCUAA